CUAAUUGCUCUGUUGGCUCAAAGGGCACUGCUUGAAUAGGCAGUGACUCUGUUCCUGUUCCUGCCAUCUCCUCUGCUGCUGUCUCUGUUGUCCUCAUGGUGGACACUGUGCCUGCCCUGUCUCCACAGCUGCUCUCUCUGUAAUCAUCGUGGUCUCUGGAGAGGCUGUGACAACUUGAGUCAGGCUGCACUUCUUGUCUACUGCCCUAGAAACCAUGAUCCUGGACCUGAGGCAACCCAAGGCUGGCACUGAGGCGAGCAGAGCUUAGAGCUGUGAGAGCCUCUUGGAGAGGGGAUGAAGUGUGAGAGGUGGAUUUGGGGUCUGCUGGGUCCCCUUGGUCCUGAGCUGCUCCUGAUGAAGUCACAGCCUUUCAAAGCUGGGGGCAAAGAGAAGCAGCUCUGCCGGACAUGGAAAAUCACCACAAACCCUCUCUGCUCUUCAAUGUCUCCUGUCUGUUUGUCCUUACACAGCUGCUUAGCUGGGUGACCACAAAGGAGUUCCUGGUCUUUGGUCCCUCAGACCCCAUUGUGGCUGCACCAGGUGGGGAAGCCAUCCUUCCCUGCUCCGUGAUUCCAGCCAUGAAUGUGGAGAACAUGGAGGAGUUGAGGUGGUUCCGCAGCAGAUUCUCAGAAGCAGUACUUGUCUAUCGGGACCAAGAGGAGCAGAAAAGAGAGCAGAUGCUUGAGUAUUCACAGCGCACCUCUCUGGUGAAGGACCAGUUCCAUCAAGGCACAGCUGCUGUGAGGAUCCAAAAUGUCCGUGCAUCAGAUAGUGGGCUAUACAUCUGCCACUUCAAACAGGGAGUGUUCUAUGAAGAGGCCAUCUUGGAACUGAAGGUGGCAGCGAUGGGCUCUGUCCCUGAAGUGCACAUCAAAGGUCCAGAAGACGGUGGAGUGUGUGUUGUGUGCAUCACCUCAGGGUGGUACCCAGAGCCUCAGGUGCAUUGGAAAGACUCCAGAGGAGAGAAACUCACAGCAUCCUUGGAGAUCCACAGUGAAGAUGCUCAAAGACGGUUCAGCACAGAGACCUUGCUGGUGGUGAGAGAUAGCUCUGUAAGGAAUGUCACCUGCUCUACCUUCAAUCCUAUCUUGGGCCAGGAGAAAGCCACAGCCAUGUUCCUCCCAGAGCCCUUCUUCCCCCAGGCCUCUCCCUGGAAGCCAGCUUUUCUUGUGACCCUGACCAUGAUGGGACUACUAGUCUUAGGGACAAGCUAUCUUCUCAGAAGGGAACGUUCUGCAAGGCUGAAGGUGCAGCAGGAAACGGUGAAUUUUCAGCACGAGAUGGAUGAGUCACUGAAGACAAAGGAGGAUGCUCUGAGGACUGCUAGCGCACUCAUGGUGGAGCAUGCUGGAAGGAAAGCAGCUUACAUGGCAGCCUGGAAGAAAGCCCAGCUGUAUGCAGAUUGGCGCAAGGAACACUUCCGGGCCUGGACUUUCACUCUGGAUCCAGCCUCUGCCCAUGCCAACCUUGCCAUCUCCCAGGAUAGGCUGAGUGUGACCCGGAAGGAUUUCACUAUGUGCUUGGAGGACCUCUCCAGUGUGUUAGGCAGCAGAGGCAUCUCUUCUGGAAGACAUUACUGGGAGGUGAAGCUAACAAACGGAGAAGGCAGCAAAUGGAUUCUGGGGGUCUGUAGGGAAGGUGUGGACAGGAAAGAUUUUUAUUUUGAGACUCCAGGUAAGGGGUUUUGGACUGUGGGGCAGUCUAGUAGGGGAUAUUGGGCCUAUACUGACUCUGGGAGGGAUUCAUUAUCAGUCAGGCAAGCCCCGAAGACUGUGGGGGUGUUUGUGGACUACACUAAAGGUGAUAUCUCCUUCUAUAACAUGAGUGACAAUUCUCACAUGGUCUCCUUCAAAGAGGAUUCUUUCUAUGGGACUCUUUUUCCAUACUUCAGGCUUAGGACUGGAAAUGUUUCAAUGAUUAUCAACUCCAUGACAUGUUUGUCUGAGGGGGAGGAGGGAGAAGAGGGGAGGAGAGGAAGGAAAAGAAGUAAGAAGGGGAAGAGGGAAAAGAGGGGGAAGAAGUUAUUUUGCUUCCUUUGAUGGAGUCUCUGAGUUCUGCAGGGGAGGGCCUGGUUCCAGGCUCUUGUGUUGUGGACUCUCUCCCAGGGGAAGUCUCUC